ACCGCUCACCUGCAGUCUCUGCUCGUACAUGGAGCGAAGAUGUGGACUCUUCUAGUAGUUGUUACAUGUUGUGUCAGCACUGUGCUGCCGGCCAAACAUUUGCCCAAAUGGAAGAAGCAGACGGUACGUAUUCGACAGGCGUGUGAGCUGCCGGCAGUGCAGAGUGAGCACAGCCACUACAUCUGCGAUGACAAAGGGGAGCCAAAGUGCCUGCCUGGCUGGCAGGGAGACCUCUGCGAUGUACCUAUUUGCAAGAAAGGAUGUGAUCCCUUGCAAGGAUACUGCAAGCGCCCAGGCGAGUGUCGCUGCAAGCUUGGUUUCUACGGCGACCGCUGCAACAAGUGCAUCCCCCUGCCUGGCUGUCAGCACGGCUACUGCAACGAGUCCUUCGAGUGCAUCUGCAAGGAGGGAUGGGACGGACUGUUCUGCUCUGAACCGAUUUGUCGGUCUGACUGUCACGCGACUCGAGGUUUUUGCGAUUCGCCUGGGGAGUGUCGGUGCAAGCUGGGCUGGGCGGGGCCAACGUGUCGCUCGUGCCAGCAGCUGCCGGGGUGCCAACAUGGCUACUGCGACAAGCCACUAGAGUGCAAGUGUCUGCCGGGAUACACUGGGCUGCUGUGUCAGACUCCUAUCUGCGCCUCUGGGUGUCACGCUGAGCGGGGUUACUGCCGUCGUCCUGGCGAGUGUCGCUGCAAGGUGGGCUGGACAGGCGCCUUCUGCGGGGAGUGCCACCGGUACCCUGGUUGCGUGCACGGUACCUGCAACAAACCCUGGGAGUGUCUAUGCGAACCCGGCUGGGGAGGCAUGCUUUGUGAUGAAGAACUGAACUACUGCGAGAAGAACCCAGAUACGUGCCAGAAUGGUGGUAAAUGUAUAUCUCUGGAGUCUGGCGACGGAUUCUUCAAGUGUUACUGUCAGCCAGGCAUCACGGGCAAGCAUUGUGAGAUCGUGCCUGAAAUCGCAACACCGGCCAACGCUACAGUGACCGAAGAAACGAGUUCGGAAAAUCUGACCGUGGUCGGAGUUGAGACUUCCUCAGAAGUGGGGAGUACAGAGCCCAACAGUGGGGAUAAUGAGACUGAGUGAUUUGUAGGCGAUUAGCAGUCAUAUUGUAAGUUAGGUAGUACAUUAUUUAUUUGUAGAAAUUUAAAUGAGUGCUCAUACUCGCUUAUUGUAUUAGACAUCGACUGAGAUUUGUCUCGAGGCACACUGCACAUUACUUAUUAAGUGUUUAACAAGAAAUAAUUAGAAACAACAUUGAUUUUGGCAUAAUAACAACUCGAUAACUGUGAAUCUAUCGAACUAUAAGAUUUGUUUAUGAUAAAUCAUACCACUGUAUUGUUAUAUAGUAAUAUGGACAAGAAACAUUUUUGUCUACAUUUAUGUGAAAUGUAAACUAUCAUUGAAAGAUUUCUAAAAGUUGCCAGUAAUGUGCUCCUUGUUUCACUAUAAAACGCCUAUCCUAAAUAGGUACCCUCCAUUAAAACAUGAUUGAAACCGCUUUGAUUGUGUCCAUAAUAAAGUAACUGCAGAGUAACGUAAUAAUGUUAUGUUUAAACAAGUUGGUUGGUUUAAAUUAUGCUUGGACUAUGUUCGUGUCUGGAAAACGAUAGAUAAUCAUAGGCCUAGUGUGUUAGCUACUCAAAGAAUAUACAAAUCAUAUUAUGUAUUGAUCAUCAAUAACCUAUAAGUGGCCACUGCUGACCAAAGGCGUCUUCUCGCACGGAGAACGUUUGAGCAUUAAUCACCACACUUG